UGGUUCGUUUGUUUACCUCAUCUCCCCCACCGUGUGUCGCUGGUUGCUGCUCUAUCAUUUCAUCAAUAUAAGGACUACUCAUGAACGGCUUGACGUUAAAAGGGAGGAAAGCAAAACUGGUGGUAUAAUUGUGUCUGGUCAUCUGAAGUUACCUGCAGUGUGUCAGCUCAGCACCAGUAUGGAAGAAGAGCAGGGAACUAUAGUAAUUCAAGUGACCAAUGCAGAGUGGGAACAAGCAGCUAUAUCAGAUUUCGAGCAUCUACAGGUUGAGAAUUUGGCCACGAUCGAGUGCGGAACUGUGCCGGAAGUUUCCACCAUCAGUGAGGUAGUAGCUGAAGACGCUCCAACUACUGAGCAAAAUCCUUUAAAUGUAGUGAAGGUGGAAUUAAUAGAGAAGGAUAACAGCAAAGAUCUGGUCCUAGACACUGUAUCUGCUCCAGUAGUAAAGCAUGAAUGUCAGUAUUGUUUUGCAAAGUUUAAAAGUAAAUCCUCUUACAAUGCUCACAUCAGGGCCCACUACGAGGAGAGACCAUUCGUGUGCGAGAUUUGCGGAAGCACCUUUAAGACUAAGGCGUGUACGGACAGACACGUACGACAACAUUACCAAAAGAAAGAGUAUUUUUGCGGGACGUGCGGUGCAGAGUUUGCGAGUAAAUAUUCCUGCACUAAACACACCAAGAAUGCUCACGGUGCACAGGCGAGUGAAGUAAACAUGUUCAGACUGAAGGAAGAGGUAUCAGAUCAAGGGGAAAAUGUUCUCUUCAUCAAAGUUAUCAAGAAUGGGGAGGCAUACAGGAGGAGAUUCAGAUUCAUCAAGAGUGAUUAAAUAAGGACCAAUCAUUAAAGCUUAAGAGUAGGUAGCUGAUAAUAAUAGGUUGUCAUGUUUUACUCAGAACCUUAGACUAAGCAUUUUAUACUGAUAUAGAUCAGCCUGAACUGGGUGACAAAGUACGGUAUAGUCACCAAGACUAUACUUACAAAAUAUGACAACAUAGGGUAUUAUGGAAAAAUAUAUAGACAUUUAAAAUUAAUAUUAACUCUUUGAAUAGCUAAUAAUCCUGUAUAUUUACAUUAAUACAUAGAUAUAGAAAUUGUGAUAGAAGUUUGAUUCACAUGAGCUGAGUUUCUUUAAAUUAUACUUCAGUACUGUACUGAUACUAAUUUACAUUGAAGAGUCAACUAUUCUUGGUAAAGUUGCCUACAUGCACUGUAUACCUAUAUUAUCUAGAUUUAUGCUGAACUGUAAAACUGCAUAGUUUAUAU